CCCAGCCCCCACCCUGUCCCUCUGUCUGCUCUAUCAUGGUGGGAGCUGAGCUCACCCCUGGAGGAGGGGUAGCCCUUGAGCUACCGGCUCCUGGGCCCGAACGAGGUCCCUGGAGGGGUCUUUGAGGACGAGGUGCACUACUGCCCCUGCUGCCCCAAGAGGGCCUCUGGCUGUGGACAGGCGGGGUCCUCGUGGGUCCUCAUCAUGACCAGAGGGCAAGGGUCAGGGUCAACUUGAAGCCCCUCAUGCUGGCCCAGCAGGGUCAGUGGGUCUGGAUACCUGAGCUGCCUCCUCCAGGCUGCCCCCUGCUGUGAGGCUGCCACUGGAGCAGGGGGCGAGUGGGUCUGAGGGCUUACUCAGUUUCCUCUGGCCAUGGCUACUGUCCCCGCACCUGACUUCGUCCCUGUGAGCAGUUCUGUGGCUGUGACCGCUGUCUCCCUUCCCUGGCUGGGUCUUCUGGGCAGACCUGUGGCCAUUACCACUGUCCCUCUUCCCUGGAUGGGUCCCUCUGUUGUCAGACCCGGGUGUACUGUCCUGCUGGGUGCGGCCCCCUGCCCUUGGCCAUGAUCCCUGUGGUCGCCAUGAGGCCAGAGUGACAGCAGGGUGCAUCCUGGGCUCCCACAGCAUCCCACAGAGGCUGAGCCCUGCUGGCCAGCUGCCUGGCCUUCCUCUGCUGGGAGCACACACACUGGCCCCUGGCUGUUGAGCUCCUGGCAAGAGUGAGGAAGAGUCCUGUCCAUCUUCUGCCCUUGGUCCCAGGAGAGCGGGCCUCCUCCCGGCCUCUGGUGUGUGGGCUUCCAUCCCAGGAGGAGGCAGCGCUGACUGUGCCUGCCCUGCGCGGCUGCUGUUGUGAUGGGUGCAGCAACACGCCAGGCACUUCCUGCUGGGGCUCCCCUGCCCUGCUGAUCACAGCUCGGGUUCCUGAGCUCACAGGCCGAGGUCUGUCCCUGGCAGUGCGAUGGCUCACUUCUUGUUUGUUCAAAAUGGGGGAGGAGCUACGUGUGGCUUCUUACCCCCCUCCCUGGCUGUUAUUCUGCAAAUAACAGCACACCUUGGAGUCAGUGGACUAUGCCACAGCCAGCAAAGCCUCCCAAGGAAGAGCCUACAGGGGCGGGCCUUUCUCACAUCCAGAAAGUUCUGCUAGUACCAGCAGGGACCUCUGAGAAGCCCUGUGGCUCCCAGGUAGCCACCAUGCCCUUCUGUCUGGGGUGACAAAUUUGUUCACGGCAGGUCACCUGCCUCAGUGCCCAUGGGGACACGGUUUCCUGGUGGCCACAAGACAGGGUCAGGUGCGCCUGGCCAGGCAUCUAGAGCCUUACAGGCUGCAGCCUCAUGCACAUUAGCAAUGGCCACGCCACCCUGCCCUGCGACUCUGAGCCUGCGUCUCUGAGGGCGGCCCUUGGAUUAGCAGAAGCUGCAACAUGAGAAGAUGUUGUAUAAUGGGGCAGAGAGGUGGCUGCUGUUGCUGGGGUGGGAGCUGCCUGGACGAGGCAGGGAGAGGAUGUGGGCCUGGUGGGCUCAGCCUGGGGAAGUGUGGCGGGGGGCAGGGAAGCUGUCAGGAUUUGGGGGUGUCUGAGGGGGCCCAGAGACCACCACGCUAGGGAUUUGCCCACCUGGCCCAGCACAUGGACCUGGGGGUGGCUGUCCCACACUGUUCUGGGUUCUCCAGGUCCAUCCUGCUUCCCAGGUGACUCGGGUCCCUUGGCAUGCGGCUCUCCCUAGGGCCUGCCUGUUGCUGAUUGCCCAGGACCCUGAGCCCGCAGGAGCAGGUGAGCCUGGAGAUGGCUGGGGUGUGGCUGAAACCAAGUGAGCUUGUCUGCCACCAGGUGCCUGUGGCAGGUGUGUGGUCGUCCCUGGGCUCCUGGCUGUGGCAUCUGUGGAGCUGGAGUAGCCCUGAGCCCUGCUGGCCCUGGGCCAGCCUGUGUGCAAACAGUUGUUCUGUGGGACGUGGCCUGGAAGUCAGGUGAUGUCGUUUGUUCCCGGGUAGUUCCUGCAGCCACUUUCCGGGUUCUGUGGCUGUGGAGCCGUUGGUCAGAGGGGCAGAUGGCAUGCAGGCUGAUCGGAUGUCUGUGGUGAUGGCGGGUGCAGGCGUUCAUUUGGCUAAAAGCGGAGAGCCAGUGGCAGGCACCAUCCACCUGCUGGGGACAGGAAGUUUCCCCUGUACCCCCACCCCUGGGAUCUGAAACUCAGACCCAAGAAUGGACCCUUUGUCCACACUGCUCUGGGCCCCCUGGCCAGCCAGACAGUGCCAGCUGGAGAAACAAACAUGGCUGGUGCCCCCUUCCCUGGCUGCCCCCCUGCUGGUCUUGGUCUGGCUAAGACCCAUCCCUCCUGACAGGGCCAGGUUCCAUGCCUGGCACAGGGAUGGGGCUGUGUGAAUGGAGGCAGAGCCCUGGGCACCCGGAGCUGGCGGGGAUCGGGGGGAGACCUCCAGCUGGCCCUCUGUGCUGGGGCUCUGCAGGCAGGGGUGUGUGCACCGCUCCACAGCUGCCAUCCACCCAGCAGACCUCUGUCUCUUGCAGGCUCAGACACCACCUGUCACAGGUGGCCACCUCCCUCUGAGCACAGGACCAUUCUGGCUGGCCAGGGGCUUGGAUCACAUUGCAUUGUGUGUUCUGCCCACCUCAGCUUUUCUUCCUGCUCCAGAUCCAGGGAGCUGAAGUCCAGCCCGGGUGCUUUUGGCCUUAGGUGCGGAUUACCCCUGGCCCUACCACCUGUGCUGUGGGUGGACCGAGCUGACACGGGGACAUCUGUUCUGUUUCAGGACUGAGCCUGUGGUGUUGGACAGAGAGCUAGAGGUGCAGCGGAGUUUCCUGUUGGGUGGGGCACGCCCUCUGCCUUCCCUGGGCAGUGGAAUGUGGGGUCUCUGAGUGCCUGGGUGGAGCCCCUGGGGCUGCUGCCAGCCCUGGGGCCCAGAAGAGGGGUCUGCAGUGUCCAGCCAGAGUCCAGGACCCCAGGGCCUCUGGCUGGCACUGGACGUUCCGGGCAAGCUGGACGGGGGCUGUGAUGCCAAGGGCUGAUCCCUGGGGUGGGGAAGGCAUCCAUGGCAUGUCUCCUCUUCCAAGCCCCUCCCUGGCCAUGUGCCCAACCCUGUGAGUCACUGAGCAGAACAGGAAACUGCUCAGGGCUCAGGCCAAUGUGGGACUUGGGUGCAGAGGGGUGUCUUGUGAGGGCAGCCACGGGGCAGGCCCAGGUCGGCCAGGCGGCCUGCACAGGGCUAGCCGGGCCUGGGCAGGGUCACCAGGCUGCUUUCCCGUUGUUCUGUGGUACUUGUAUUUUUCUUGCAGAUUUGCAGAAAGCUUUUGUCUAUGUGGACUUAAGUUGGGUUCAGACUGUUGGUCAUUUGUCUUAGAGUCGCAUUUGUAUAUUUUCUGAAGAAAGAAAUGAACUUUUAUGCAGUUAAGGCUAAUAUUUGUAUUUAUUUUGUGUUUAAACAUCCUCUUUGGAAACUCCUUUUCCAUUCCAGAAUUUGAAAAACGGUCCUGUUUCCACCUCACGUGGAGCAACCUUAAGAAGAGUGAGAAGAAACCUCUGGAAUGUGGUCCUUGCUGUGGCGCGGGUGCUUUGUGCCGGUCUGCAGUGGGCAGCGUCCUCCCGGGCACAGGACGCACCUCUCGGCGGCCAGGGCCCUGCGUGGUGAUGGAGGAGGGAAGGUCCGGUUCUUCUUGACAGAACAGUUAAGCCUGGGAGGGAGGCGUGGCCUCGCACCUGAGCUGGCAGGUGAGCGGAGGGGAUUUAAGUUCACACUCGCACAGUGGCCACACCUGCCUUCCGCCUCUGCCCCGGGGAUCCUGGAGCAGGCAGGGCCCAGGGUGGUGGUGCCUGUUGGCGUGGCCGGAGGCCCUGAGGCCAGCAUGCUGUUCGUGCUGGGCGGCUCGCAGAGGUAAGGCCAGCGCCUCGGAUGCCGGUGUUCUGGUCCUUGGCGGCAGAAGGAGGCGUUCUGUGUGUGUCUGUAGCAGGAAGUCGCCCUGGAUUCGGGGGCUUUACCUCCUAAGGCCAGUGUGUCAGCCUCGUCUCGGCUGUGCAGCAUCCCUCCCGACGCCCUCUCUGCUGGUCUGGCCCAAGGAUUUUGGGGCCUGUGGGGUUCCGUGAGAGAGGCCUUGAGACUGCGUGGGGGUCUGGUUGCCUGCUGGAUGGGCAGGGGGCACCGGGCCCAAGUCCUGCAUCUUACCUGUGUGGGGACACUGGUGUGAUGCCUUGAGACUUGUGUGCGUUUGAGAGUGCGCUAGGGUUGGGGCGGAGCUGAGCUGCCUUGGAGGGUCCCCACCAGGUCUGGCAGUGGUAGUGGCUGAGCCUGGGGCUGCUUCCUGCCCGCACAGCAGCCCGGGUUCCCUUCCCUGGUGGGUGUGGUCACGAAUACUUCACGUUUCAUGUCCCUGGCUCACCGUCCAGUUUGGGGAAAAUUCCAGGGCCGGCUGGAGCCUUCCUCCUGGCUCCUGGGCCCACUGCCUGCCUGUGCGCCCACGGUCGCCACUGUGUCCGACUGCUUUUAGGAUGUGGCUUGUGGAGGCCCCCACUGGGGACCUCUGACCUCCCACCUCGUGGCCUCCCGGCCUGGACCACCUGGUCACCCCCCUGCCCACGCCCGUGGAUGUUGUCCCUGUUGUGGAGAGGCUCCAGGGCCAGCCCAGUGGACUGUCACAGGUUUCCCGCGUCUGGAUGCCCGGCUGCACUUCCGACACAGGCUGCCCAGUCCCAGGUGCCUCCGAGCACAUGGAGUCAGCCAAGGCUCCUGGGAGGAAGGGGCACAAAGCCCUGCUCUGCUGAGUCACCUCCCACAGCCCCAAGCAGCCCAACCGCCCCAGCCUCUUGUUUGUUUUCCUAGAAUUGUGCCAGUGCUGCAGGCUCCUGUGUGGCCCGGCACACUUGUUUUCUUGGCAGAGCCACCAGCCCCGGGCACACAGAGGGGACAGCAGCGAGCCGGGGGGAGGAGCUUCCUGGGGCAGAGGCCAGUGGGGAGACCCGGAGCUGGGAGCCUGCGGCCUGGGGAGGGCCACGCGCUGUGGGUUCCUGGCUUGUGGCAACUGAGGGCUGGGUCUCCUUACCAGGCUCCGGCUGCUGCCUGGGUCCAGGGUGGUGGGGCCUCCUGAGGUGCUGCUUCCGUGGCUGUGGAAGGACCGUGGUAGGCAGCCCUGAGUGCCUGCCUGUCUUGCCAGGCUGCGUGGCUCCAGUGUUGGCUGGCUCUGCUGGUGCCAUCAUUGUGGCCACAUAUGGGCAGCACAGGAAGGGCUGGAGGGUGGGGGCCCUUUCAUGAGGCACAGAGCCCAUCUUGCCUGCUCCCUGUGCUCUGAGUGCCAGUGUCUGUGAGAGCCAGGCUGCAUCUGCAGUGGGCCUGGGACCCUGACAUCUGCCCUGGUCGUGGACCAGGUCCAGCAGGACCCGUCUGACUGAGGCUCAGGUGUGCUCCAUGGCACGUGUGUGCAGGUGGCCAGGGCCAAUGACUCUGGAGUUUGUGUCCAUUCCUGGGUCAACCACGACUGAAGGAAGCACUUGGGAAGAGAAGCCCAGAGGGCUGCUCCGGCCGUGGACCUGGUCAGCUGGCCCUGUGGAAGUCAGCUGGGUCCUAUCCCCACAACCAUGCUGUUUGGGUGUGACUGGUACUGUCCUUGGAGACAGGCUCUGGGGCCCCGGCCCACCCCUGGGGGCUCCUCCGUGCUGGUGGACAUGAAGCCUAGGCUGCCAGCUGCCGUGACCCUGGCCAGAGGCCGUGGGGUGGCAAGCAGCUCCUCUGGACAGGCAGGGAGAGGGAGCUGGGUGUUGGCCCACAGCGAGGGUUGCUUGUUCCUCCCAAGCCCGGUCCUGUGAGUGGCUUGACCCCUGCCCCACUCCUUCCUCACCUGGACAUCUCUCUCGGUCUGGGCAGGGUUUGUCAUAGAAACUCCUGGAAGGGCCAAAUUGGAAGUUCGGUGAGUUUCCUGUUUUCCUGACACCAUGGGCCGUGGGAGGAAGGAGGUGUCAGGCUGGUGCUCAGCCGGCUUCAGUUACAACAGGGCCAUAGGGGACUUGGGCCCCCACACCUUCAUGGCUGCCCGGGGAAGAGGCCUGUGAAGGGGACAGCAAGCAGGUUUCAAGUGCCUCCUGGGAAAAGUCAUCCCUCCUAGGCUUCUCCUGGGGCCCUGUGGGUGUUGGGGAGAGGCGGGGAACCCCAGCACUGGCCAAGGGUUGGAGCCCUGUAGGCUUGAUGCCCUGCCCCCUUCACUGGCUCCAGCUGGCUUUGGCAGACCACACUCAUGGCCUUGGCAGCCCAAGUUUGAGGUCCCCUGUGGCACCUGGGCAGCAUCAUGGUCCUGGGCUCCAGGCAGAUGCUGUGGCCUGGGACUCAGAAGCCGAGGGGCUGGUGAUGGGGGUGGGGGGCAGGGCCUGGCUCUGUUUGCUGGGCGAGGACAGUGGGGUGUGGCUGCCCUCUUAGGCAGAAAUGCCCAGGAGCCGGAACUGCCUGGGGAGGAUGUGCUGGGGACACCACUAGUCCUUGGGGGCAGAGGAAGACUCCAGGCUCCAUCUGUCACCUGGGGUUCAUCCUUCGUCCACCCGUGCAGCUCACUGAGUUAAUGGAAAGGAAAACAACUGCUCCCACAUUUACAAGACAUGGCGUUGCCGCCCGGCUCCUGCCCUCACGGCCACGCUCCCUGGGGAGCAGCUGUCCCCGGCCACACUCGCUGGGGAGCAGCUGUCCCCGGGACUUGUUAAGCUUCUUGGAGGUUUACACCCCUCUCCCAGUUGGAGAAAGAGCUCACGACAGGUUUUCCCAGGUCAGCAACGGCUAAGGAAAGGGAAAGACGAGAGCUCUCCAUCUGCAUCGGGAGCCAAACUUCAUGAAAAGCCUUUUGAAUCUGGGUUUGCCCUUGUACAGAUGAGAGCCAGCUGGGCUGGGCCGGCAGGGUCUGGAGCAUCCUCAGGCAGGGAGGGGUGUGCUGGGCAGGGAGGGGCCAUCCUCAGACACAGCUUUGGGGGGGCCCAGGACCCCCAGGUGGGCUGGUCCCUGCCUCUAGGUUGUGGGGCCCUGCCGGCCAGGAGAAGGGUAGAGGGAGGGCUUGGUAUGCAGGGAGGAGUGGCAGAUGAGUAGCCUUAUCAGUCAGUUAAGCCCUAACUAUAUGGAGCUGUAAAAGGCCCACACCUGGUAAAGGGUCAGCAGCAGGGGCCAACUGUCAGCUGGAGCUGGUGACUCAAGUGGCGCCUCUUUGUCCCUCCUCCCCUGGACACAGGCACCUCCAGCCUGGACCCUGACCACUGGGGGGCCAACGUGGUCCUCUCCCCCUGGCUGCAGCUGAGCGGAUCUGAUGUGCUGCUGCCAUUGUCUAGCGGCUGAAGCCCCUCGUCCCACUGUGGCCGCUGGGAGCCCCCUCCAUGUGGUCGCUGAGCCUUGGGUGUGGGACUGCAGCAGGAAGUGGGGGGAGGGGCAUCACUGGGAUGGGGCCACAGCGGUGGAAGGAGGGACUGUGUGAGCAGUGAGAAGCUAUCAGUCGCAGUCCCCAGGCAAGCCGACUUUUGCAGAGACAGCUGUUGUGGGGGAGGCUCUAGCCUUGUCUGCUGGGAGAGGUGUAGGCCAGGAGGUAUGGGUGGGGUGGGGAGGGAGUGAGGCUCAGGUGGCCACUGGGCAGAGACCCUGAGCAGAGCCUUGCUGGGCCAGGUCAUGGCAGCCCUGUGGGCUGAGGGACAGCUGGGAUCUGACUUACCCUUGCUGUUGGAGGGAUGCCCGCACUGGGGAACACAGGAUGGGGGGCAGAGACGCGGGUGGGUAAGGCAGGGGGCUAGAUUAGGGCCACAGGGUGGAAGCCACAGCUGACUCACCCUAUGUAAUCCUAUCAGCCUACCUGUCAGUCAAAUAAGCCUUUUCUAGGAUGUCUCCCUUUACCUGGGCCCUGGGGGAGGCACCACCUAACCACCCCUUCUCCAACCUCAAAAGAGGCUGGCACCUGGGAGGGGCUCUCCUUUGCUCUUUCUCUGCCCCCCCCCCCAUCUUUUCCCUUCCUGGCCCCUCUAUUCCUGAGCAAUGCCCACCCAUGUGUGUGUUUUCCUCACCUUUUAAAUAAACUUUAUCAGUGUGUGCCUUACUUAGAAUGCUGUUCCAGGUGAAAGGCAAGGGCCUGGAUUAGGGGUUUAGACCCCACCUUGCCCACAGCACCCAACAGGCGCUGCCUCAGCCACACCCUCCCCACUCGACCGUGAGGCCCCACAGCUGGGGCCCACAGCCCAGAAACUGCUAUGUGACGCCGUUCAACCAAAGGUCCUGGGAACUGGAUCCGGCCCCGGUUCUGCCACCCUUGUGGUGAGGAGGCCGCACAGGGCAGUGGGUGCCUCCCGAGCUCGCACAGCAGCCCGGUGCAAGUCAGAAUGAACCCCUGGAAACUCCCACCGAGAGCCCAACCUCCAUGGUCUGAUGAAAGAUGAGUGGCCCUGGUGUCCCAGCCUGGUGAUGUCCAUUUCCCUCCCGUUGCAGACUCACAGGGUCCUGGCGUCCAUCCGAGUUUUCUGCCCCGGUCCUUGGGAGAGAUCCCCUCCCCACGAGAGUGCUGCCUCCCCAGGAGAUGUUCUGCUGCCCCACAGGCAAUUCCAGCCCCCCAUGGAAGGAUGCUGAUGCUCCAGGGACGGCCACGUGGGCAGGGGCAGUGUUCCCACUGGUUAGCGCGGCUCUGGGCUUCAAGUUUCAUCCGCACUGUCCAUAGAGACCCCAGGGGCAGAGCUCGUCAUGUGUUUUGCACAAGGGGACACAUGGCAAUCACUGGGCAGUGGCAGGGCAGGGCACAUACUCGGUCACAGAGACCCCACGAGGCGGCAGGGAGGGGCGGCCGGCACCACACGCCUGUCGUGCGAGCCAGUCCCACCCAGAGUUCACACCCAGAGCGGCAGACGUGUCUUCUGUUUACAAGCAUGGGCUCCCUCCUGGAGACUACUGGGCACAGCCCUGACUCUGACCGUUUGCUUAGAACUUUGGCCUCAGCUCUCCUCGCCAACUCGCUGGCGGCUUCACUUUGUAAACCGUGGCUGGUGUGCAGUGCACCGUGGCCUGGGCUGAGCGGCAAGCCGGAGCUGGCCCUGCCCGCUCUGCUCGCUGGGCCUUUCUCGUCCCGCUGGCCAUGUGUCCUCUCCUGUAGAGGUGACUUUCUGUCAGCUCCAGUGUCUGGGAGAGCCGGGCUCCUCAUCGUCACCCAUUUGAGCUUUAAAAUCCACUUAUACGAAAUUUCAAGACCCUCUCUACAGAAAUCACCCCUUCCCCCAGGGCACAGGAGUGUGAGGGCUCUUGCUCGGGCCCAGCCCAAGGAGCAGACAGCUGGGGAACACAGGGACCCUCAUCUCCCCCCGGCAGCCUGCUGGUGCUGAUCCAAUCCUGGUUACAGACGUCUGCCUGGCUGCUGUCCCGCCCCCACCUCCCCGGCCCCAGCCACCUGCCCAUCAACUGCCCUCUCCCAGGCAUUGGCAGAGUUCUUGCUCUGGCUUCCCCUUGCUGGAAUCCCGUGCUCCUGUGCACCCUGUAAAGCCCAGCGUUAAAGCCCAGCGCACACAGGAAGCUCCCCCCGGUGUCCUCUGCAGACAGUGAGCUCCUGGAGUCCAGCUGUGACCGUGCCUGACCUCACGUGGGGCUCCCUGCCCUGUCCCUCCACCCCUCUUUGCCUCCAUUUCUUCCCACUCAGAAGCUUUCUUGGCAUCAAAUGCCCAUCCGAAAGCCCCGCCCCUCCAGGCACAGCCCUGCUGUGGGACUGCAGCCGAUAGACCCCUUUCCUUGCAAUCCUCCUGCUCCUCCAAGUGGGGGAGGACGUGGGGUGGGACCUCCCUGGGAGAGCAGAUAUGAGGCCUCUCUGGGAGUGCCACAGGGGCACCGGGAGUGGUUGGGGCACCCACAGGGCACAGUCCUCUGCGGCUCUGGGUCCAGGAGCCAAGUUGUUAUCAGAGUGAGGUGAGUGUACCUGUGUCUGCUCUGGGCCUCUGACAGCUGGGACUCCAGCUAGUUAGUCACCCACUGAGCCACCAGCAUUGUGGUCCGAUGCGUGCUGGGUGUGGCGAGGGCGAGGGAGCUCAGAGCUGGGUACAGCCCCUCCUGGUGGCUAUCACAGUCCUGACCAGGGCCCUUGUGAGGAACGGGGAAGACCCAGCCUCCCUGGACUCACACCCAUCUCAAGAGGGGUCCGGGUAGGACGGAGGUGCUGGAAGCUCUCACCGGAACACACAGUGGGCCAAAUGACCCAAUACACUGUGAGGCACACCCAUGCUUCGUUUUUGCUGCCAGACUGCUAAGGACCACCCGAGGCUCUGGGGUGCACAGCCGGGGACGCUGGGGCUGGGGGCCGGCCAGGGUGGCUGUGUCCUGCUUCGUGGUCCCAGUGCUCCUUGGCUGUGGACACUGAGUCGGUGCAGCUUCCUGGUUCUGUCUUAAGCCUGGCCUCCCCCAGCGUCAGGACUGAUGGAGGCCUCCAGGUGGUCCUCGCCUGCGAGGGGGAGGCCCCAGGCCUGUUUCCUUCAGAGGAGCCUCUGCCUCACGGGGGAGGCCGGGCAGACCCGGGCUCAGCCACAUCCCCAUCCCCAUCCCCAUGUUCUCCUGGGUGUGCGUCAGGGCGCCCGUGCCCACCCCCUUCUCCCACCACAGAGACAAUGGGGGAAUGUGAGCAGGCGACCGAGUUCUGGCCAACAAGACGCAAGUGGCGUUUGCUCUGGGGAUUCUCAUUUGUGUCUGGCCUCGUUGCUUCUCCCUUGCUGCUGAUCCAGAUGUGAGUGUGAUGUCUGGAGCUCGGUAGCCAUCUGUGCCUGGGAGCCACCAGCAUCCUCGUUGUGCUGGGCUUAGACCUGCAAGAACCAGCAGCGAGAGCAGUGGGUGUGGGUUGAGGCUGGGCUGAGGCAGAAGUGGGCAAGGUGAGUGGGAGGCUAGAGUGGUCACGCCCAGGCUGCAGAGGGUGGUCAGAGGCCCCUUGUAUCUGUGGUGACCAUGAUGUCCUGGGGAAGCCCGAUGGCUGGGGGAACUGACUUGGUCUGGAGACAGAAACUUGGGACAGCCCCCUUUCGCCAAGACUGGAGGGGCUUCCUCUCCCUCUCUCAGGUCCCCCUCUGCCGAAGUGCACGGUGGCCUCCGGGGUGGCACAGAUCCCAGCGAAGAGGGCCCUGGCCCCUCCCGUGUGAUCUUUGCUCAGUGAGAGGGCCUUGGCUAGUGGCAGGCAGGCCUGGCUACUGGUGGGGCCCCUCUGCUGCCAUGUGUCGACGUGAUCUUUGUCCAGGGACAGGAGGGCUGGGAGUCCCCGCCUGAUCUGAACCCCGAGUUCAGGUGCUGCUGCCUGCGCCCCACCUGCAGAGUUCCUGGGACCAGGCCCGGCCCCUGCUGUGGGCUCCUCCCUUCUCAGGUGUGUGUGGGGUGAUCCUUGUCCCUGGCACUUGCCUCUGUCUUGGUACAGCCGAGACCUCAGGUGGGGCGGCCGGAGCAGCAGGAAUAUAACCUUCACAUCCGCACCAGCUGAGGGGUCAGCAUGAACAGCACCUGGUCCCUGCAGGUUGUGCUCCUCCUCCUGGUCCUGGCCGUGUUCCUGCUGGUGGGCUUCCUGCACAUGGACAUGGAGCUGCUCCUGCCCCUGCUCAGUGGCCAGGCUGAGGGUCCUCCGGUCACCAACGUCAUGUUCCUCAAGACCCACAAGACGGCCAGCAGCACCGUCCUCAACAUCCUGUACCGCUUUGCUGAGAAGCACAACCUGUCCACCGCGCUGCCUGCCGGCGGCCGCGUCCACCUGGGCUACCCCUGGCUCUUCCUGGCGCGCUACGUGGAGGGUGCGGAGGAGGGCAGCACCGGCACGCCGCGGCGCUUCAACAUCAUGUGCAACCACCUGAGGUUUAACCUCCCCGAGGUGCAGAAGGUCAUGCCGGAGGACACCUUCUACUUCUCCAUCCUCAGAGACCCGGGCUACCAGCUGGAGUCCUCCUUCACCUACUACAAGGGCUACGUGCCCGCCUUCCGCCACGUCAAGACGCUGCAGGCGUUCCUGGAGUCGCCCGAGCGCUUCUACAACGACAGCCUGGUGGUGAGCAACGCGUACGCGCGCAACAACAUGUGGUUCGACCUGGGCUUCGACCACAACGCGCCGCCCGACGAGGGCUACGUGCGCGCGCGCAUCGCCGACGUGGAGCAGCGCUUCCAGCUCAUGCUCAUCGCGGAGCACUUCGACGAGUCCAUGGUGCUGCUGCGGCACCUGCUGCGCUGGAGCCUGGACGACGUGGUGGCCUUCAGGCUCAACUCGCGCAGCGCGCGCACCGUGGCGCACCUGCCGCCCGAGAGCCGCGAGCUGGCCCGGCGCUGGUGCGCGCUCGACUGGCGCCUGUACGACCACUUUAACCGUACGCUGUGGGCGCGGCUGCACGCCGAGCUGGGCCCGCGCCGCCUGCGCUCCGACGUGGCCAGGCUGCGCGCGCGGCGCCAGGAGCUCACCGAGCUGUGCCUGCAGGAUGGCGCUCCGCAGAACCAGGCGCAGAUCACCGACCGGCUCCUGCGCCCCUUCCAGUCGGGCGAGGCCGACAUCCUGGGCUACAACCUCAGGCCCGGGCUGGACAACGCCACGCUGCGCAUGUGCCGGAGGAUGGUGAUGCCGGAGCUCCAGUACAUGGCGCAUCUGUACGCCCUGCAGUUCCCGGAGAAGCCCCGCAAGGCCAUCCCCCUCCUGGAAGAGUAGCGGGCGCUGGCGCGGUUAAGGGGCCGCCGCACACCCGCGCCCCUCUCCCAGGCCUCCCCGAACACCACUGGGCGGGGUGAAGAUGAGGGACAGGAGAAGAGGCUCGCUCUUCUCGGAGGGGGCCCUAGGUCUGGGACCCCGACCCUGCUGGCCACAGACACGGCUUGGGAGGGAGUGUGGUUGAGCUGGGAGAGAGCUGGGGCAGCCAUGCCUGCAGGAGCUCAGACUCUCGCCAAUUUCCUGCAGUGGGCACCUCCCCCCUGGCCAGGGCUGCGCCUGAAUACAGGCCCCGGGGAGCUGGCACCGUGUGUCGGGGGUGGGGGCGGUCAGCCUCCCACUGGCAGAGCCUCUGUUUCCCACAGAGCUGCUCCGACUGAAGGGUCAGAACCACUUACCGCUCAGUGCCCUCGACACCGCCCUGCAAGAGUGAGCCUUCCAAGCUCAGAGGCUCCAGGUUGUCGUGGACACCGGGUUGGAUGGAGUCCAGCAGGUGCACCUCUGGGCAGCCCUCCCUCUUUGUCCUUCCUGGGGGGGCUGCGCAGAGACCUCACACAGGAAGCCUUGGUCCCCCACUCCUGGGCAGAGUGGGGUGCACCGUGGGCGCCCAGCAGUGCCCACUCAACGCUCAGCCCGUGGGUCAGCCUGGGCCUGUGUACCCAGCCUGGGAGGGUCCUCACAGCCGCUUCAUUGCCAGUGUGUCUGUGUCUGCACACGGAGGCUGAGGGACAGCAGCUCCCUCGGACGCCAGCUUAGCAUGUGAAUUAAAUGUAGGGAUUGUAAGGGGCUCUCAGAACAAACUGGAGAAUAGAAGACAAUAUUUGGAAAUUGAAAACAUGGCUUCUAGAAACAGAAUUGGGACAGUGCAGAAGAGGAUGAACAUUGACCCAGAGUCCAGAGGCCCCGGGGUCACCUGCUCAGCCUAGAGAGAACCAUGGGAAAGCAGGGAGGGGGAGCAGAGGGGCGGAAGGCCAUGGAAAAGAAUCCGGGUCAAGCGAUGGAAAAAGUGACCCCCAGUCAAGGCAAGACUCGGAGCUGUCAGCGUUGCUACCCUCUGAGUAGCCGUCUCACAGGACACACGGCCGGCUCUCUGCUCCGGCGUGUGAGCCCUGCAGGACAGAGCCGGGCCAACUCGGGUUGGGUGUGGGUGGGACGCAGCCACUGCACUGGCACCCCUGCCCGGUGUUGUCUGCAGACCCAGAGCCUGCCCUAAGCUGCUCAGCAAGGGAGGGCGCGGAGCUCAGCCAGGAUUGUGUCAUUCGGUGCUGCCUGGGGGGUUGGGUGUGUCUUACAAUGUAAAAAUGAACGCAGUCUGUAAUAGAGAAUAUUGGAAAAAACCUGCUCAAGUUGUCCGCUCGGAAGGGUUGCGGAAGAUGUUGCAGCCCUGCGCAGCGAUGGAGCCGGGACACAGGGUGGCUGCACUUGCUGCCUUGUGUGCGGCCAGCGCUGACUGAGGUAGGACUCAGAACUCCAGGAUGGGAGAUCCCAUCAAGGACAUCUCCCUCACCUGCCUGUACACAGCGGGCAAAGCCUCAGCUGUGCCCAGGGGCCCUGGACAUGGCCUUGAGGGGUGGGGCUGGGUGUGCCCUGUGCGCAGGGACUGGGAGGAAGACUUUCCGGUUGUUCAAGAGAAGGUGGAAACGCAGGUUUCUAUGUUGUCAGCCUCCGUAGCCACCAGAGGUCCUCCGAGGAGCCGCGGUGUUAGUUGGGGAAAGCAGCCCGGGCAGCUGCAAGCACAUUCGGAGAGGCUGAGGCCAGGGGAGGUUCUGACGGAGAGAGGAGCGCUGCAUGUCUGCAGCAGUAACCGAGAGCGCAGGACGAAAGGCAGGUGACCUUGGUCUGAGGCGGUUUCUGUGUAAGGCCGUGGCAGCAUUCGUGCCGUGGUUGUCAAGCUAAUGAAAACCAGAGAGAUUCUCCCGAGAGCAACGGGACCGACUGGGAGUAGCCGAGCUUGGUGACAGCCGUGCAUGUGCACGACGAACCUCCAGCAUCUGCAGAGGCUGGGGCGCAGGGAGAUUUCGGUUGCAACAAUCCUGGCACAGGAAGACUCGUGACAAAGAGGCUUCUGUCCAAGGGUCUCGCAGGAGUGAUUGUCCUGCCAGCUGUGGCCCUGGCCCUCUCGUGAUGGUCACUCUCAGGAAGUCACGAUAGAACCUUGCCUUCACAACCUCCCAGUUAUAUUCAUAUUUUUGUUUGGAUUGGCACAUGUGGCUCCAUUUUUUAAAAAAGAUUUAUUUAUUUGAAAGGCAGAGUUACAGAGAGGGAGGGAGGGAGAGACAGGGAGGGAGGGAAGAGAGAGAGAGAAAGAAAGAGAAAGAGAGAGAGAGAGAGGUCUUCUAUCUGCUGGUUCUCUCUCCAGAUGGGUACAAUGGCUGGUGCUGGCUGAUCCAAAGCCAGGAGCCAGGAGCUUCCUCAGGGUCUCCCACGUGGAUUCAGGGGCCCAAGGACUUGGCUAUCUUCCAUUGCUUUCCCAGGCCAUAGCAGAGAGCUGGAUCGAAAGUGGAGCAGCCGGGACUAGAACUGGCGCCCAAAUGGGAUGCCGGCACUGCAGGUGUCAGCUUUAACCACUACACCACAGCGCUGGCCCCAUCCAUUUUGAUUUUGACAACUUUUACAUUUCCUUUUUUUUUUUUUUUUUUUUUUUUU